UCUGUCCAAAUAAAAAUUUUGUUGCAUAAACCCCAUACCCUCUUUCCCCCAUUCCCUAUCUUAGUGCGCCGUUCUCUGCUCUCUUAUCUCUGAAAAAGAAAAUCUCGAUCUUCGAAGUCUCCGGCGUUGUCUAUUUUUCUCUGAUUAAGUGCAAAAAUGUCAUUGUCAACCAUUUCAACUGCCAAAGUUCCCUUUCGUUGCAUGUUCCAAUCCUCGCGACAGAAACCACUCGCCAGCGCCAUUGUCAAAUGCCCGUCUGCUCUUGGAUCAGCGAGGAAAAUCUCCGAGGUAUUUGGCCUUAAGGCAGCCCAAUCUUUCAAAGCAUCAAUGGCUACGUACAAGGUUAAGCUGAUUUGCGAAGAUGGGUUGGAGCACGAGUUUGAGGCUCCAGACGAUUGUUACAUCCUAGAUUCUGCGGAGACUGCGGGAGUCGAGCUGCCUUACUCUUGCAGGGCCGGGGCUUGCUCCACCUGCGCCGGGAAGAUGGUAUCAGGCAGCGUCGAUCUGUCCAAUGCCUCUUUCCUCGAUGAUAAGCAGAUGAAUGAAGGCUACUUGCUCACUUGCGUCUCCUACCCGACUUCGGACUGCGUCAUUCAUACUCACAAAGAAACUGAGCUUUACUAACCGUUUCAAAGCUCUUUGCUACAGUGUUUUCGCUCUCUCACAAAAAAAUGUAAUUUGCCGGUUGGAAUUGGCUAGUGCCUUGAGAAUUGAUCUGCCCAUCUUGGACUUUUUGGCAUGGUAUGGUAUGUCACUUUCUAAGGAUGUUUAUUUUGGAAUGCCAUCUAAGUUGAAUUCUAUGAAUAUGUUAUUCUGCUAUGCCUUCUUGGUUUUUAAAAUUUCCGUCCUUAUAACGGUUUGCAUUGAAUAAUUUGUCCAAAUAAUUACUCGAGUUUUCAAGACUCAAGCUUGUAGUUGUGGUUUCUCAAGGUCACCUUCAUGGUGAAUAAUCACGAGUUUCAUGUUUUACA